AUGAUCCGACAACCUAGCAGUGUGAUCAUCGCGGGUCCGUCGGGCAGUGGCAAAAGUGAAUUGGUGGAACAAUGGUUACGGUACCUGAACGUGUUUCAAGUCAAACCCCGCAAGAUUGUGUAUGCCUAUGAUCGCUGGCAACCCCGAUUCGAGCGUAUGCAAAAAAAGGAUGGGAUUCAGUUUCAUCGCGGAUUACCGGACCCCCGUCAUUUGACGCAAUGGUUUGGUCGGACGCGCGGCGGGGUGUUGGUCUUGGACGACCUGAUGGAAGAAGGGGGACAAGACAAGCGCGUGUUGGAUUUGUUUACCAAAGAUUCGCAUCAUCGCAACAUUACGGUGCUGUAUUUGACGCAAGAUUUAUUCCCGCCGGGUAAAUUUUCCAAGACCAUCAAUCGCAACGCGCAUUACAUUGUGGCCUUCAAAAACCCCCGGGAUCAAACAGGGAUACGGACGAUUUUAUUGCAAGCCUUUCCGGAUCGGUGGCGUCAAGUCUUGCGCCUAUUUAAACGCAUCACGGCCCGUCCCUUUGGCUAUUUGAUGUUGGAUGUACAUCCAGCGUCGGAUGAUCGUUAUCGCCUGUGGAGUCAUUUAACGCCUCGAGAAGGCAAAGCGCAAGUCCACACCUUGCGUGCGGAUGUCCCUGCCGUUCGAAAACGAACUGCAACGAGAACUCGCCAGGGUCCGUCGACAAAGAGAAGGCGGACAACAUACUGAGUUAGCCGCUCGCAUGGACACACACUCGCCUGCGGGGGUGGGCUCCCCUUCGGUCCUCCGGGAUCUCAGCAGCAUGACAGACAUGGUGACCGAAUUGUCUCGACCCGUGGAUCGUGCCCAAUUGGAGCAAGACAUUGACGAUUUCAAUUUGACUUACCCGGUCAAUGUAGACGAUGCCUUGAAUGCCUUCACGCUCCCACCCGUGGCAGGCACCGGUACAGCACCACUUGCCACUUCUACUCCCAUCACCACCAUCACCACCACCACGGCUGCCCCCACCACCCGAACUCGUCCCACCCCCACCACCACCACCAGUCGACCACGACCCGUCACGUCCACUCGAACACGCCCCGCUACCACCGCCACGACCACCACCGCCCCCUCCCGCCCCUCCACCAGCCGCCGCAGCGCUGGGGCAGGCACCAGGACCACGACCUCCACGGUGACGACCCCCACUGGACGCCCCACCAUCGCUGCCAAACAACCGCGACGGCGCCCCAGGGUGCCCUCCCCACCGUCCCCUGGUUCGUCCCCUCCGUCCGAGGACGAGGAUGGCGAUGAUGAUGAUGACGAUCGACGGCGAGGAUUAAGGCGACGGUUGGAUUUGCUCAAUGAAGAUGCUCAAGAACGGGCACGAGGUCGACGCAUCCGUAACAUCACGCACACCAAUACCGUGACGACCGUGUAUGAAGAGGGGGGUCGUCCCUCGGUGCGCCGCACGUCCACCCGAACCUCCAGCCCAAGUCCACCCAGACCACCACGCCGAGGACGGGGCCGUGGCCGUGGCCGAGCACGCGGACGGGGCCGAGCCCGUGGACGAGGCCGUAGUAUAUAAAAACAAGGACCUCCCUUCCAUCGCCCCAAAAUGUGUGGCCAAUGUCGACACGCGAUGGGACGCAAACGCCAACGCACCACGACUCGACGAUCAUCACGUCGACGUAGGAUGAAGGGUGGGAAGGCGCCGUUCGUCGUGGAUGUCAAAAAAGGCUUCAAAUUGUUGACGAACCCGGCUAUGUGGAAGAUUCCUUCCAAAGCCGACAUAAAGGCCGACAAACAACGGGUGGCCAACUACAAACGCCAGUAUCGCGCUAGUGGCAGCAAGGACUCGUACAACAAGUGGUUGGUCAAGAAGGGGUAUGCCAAAAAAGUGGGUGGGUGCAGCUUGAUGUAAAUGUAUAAAAAAGAGACUUGCGGUGCUCAGCUCUCAAAAAACAAGAGUCGUCAUGGGACCCAAACGCAAACGCAAACGCUCCACGACUCGACGACCCGCCAAACGACGACGGCGUGUGAGUCAAGUCGGGGGUGUUGGGCCCGGACUGCCUAUAGGGAUUCUCAAAGCCGGCUAUGGGAUCACCAAAGCCAUCGGGGAUCAUCAAACCAAGCGUGCCAUCGCCAUUGGCGAAAAACGUCGACGGGAAGUGGCUUCAGGCAAACGGAAAAAAUAUGCGGGGGAAUCGUUUAAUUGUUCCAUCAUGUGAAAAAAAUAGUAUAAAAAGCGCUGACUCUGGGGAUGGUAUAAAAGAAACACCUGGUUGGACACAAGAUUCCCAUUGAGGAUGGUCCGUGGACCCAACGGUCGCCGACAUCGUUAUGUCCCUCGAAAACGACGCCGACGACGUGGUUUGCAACGCGGCGCUAAGCUCCCGCUUUUGGCAAUGGCUCUCUCGCCUUUGUGGCUCAGGAAAUACAAACCCAGAGUCCGCCUUCGACGCCCAGACUAACCCUCAACGCAAAGCCGUCACGUUUGCGUUGGAUUGGGACGACCAGUAUGAAGCCGCCUUGUGUGCACGGUGUCGAGAUCACAUGCAAACGCAUUAUCAUGGCGAAUUGUGUGGUCGGUGUGGCGCCAUUUUUACCAUAAAUAGACCUUGGUCCUUGCCUGAACUCAAGAUUCAUCAUGGGGUGGCGCAUGGAACGACAAGCCCCGUUCUUAAAAAGUGUCUUACAAGAAGCCAAUCAACACAAACGACAAGAAUUGUUGCGGAUGGCCAAUGCGGAUCAGAUCAAUGCGGUCAGUGAAUUGGUGAUGAACACGCUGCGUGGCACGGUGCCCCGUUCCCGACAGACCAUUACGUUGCUCAAACCUCACGCUCAGAGUUUACGUGCUAUGGCCAAACCCGCUCAUUCUGUCAAACGACGACGCGCUAUCAUGAUGGCUCAAAAAAGGUGCCCUCUGGCCCGAACUCUACCGAUGUUAUAAACGUUGCAUGCGCUAGAUCAGACCCCUCAGUUGCACCAUGGAACCCGAGAUGGUGAGCACCACGGUGAACAACGCCCCGGCUUUUUUACAAUUACGAGACCAGUACAAACAAGAAUUGGUGGAAGACACUCGCUUGACCAAAGCCGCCGAUUUGGCCGCCAAACAACAUGUCCUCUUGACCAGUGAUGCCCCCGAUGCAUGGAAACGGCCUCAACUCAAAGCCGUCAGCCGUCAAUUACGCCAUUGGACCAAAAAAGUGCGCCAACCGUUUGGAGCCCCAACUGGGGGUGUGAGUGCCGCAGGGGCCACGACCCCGGGCGACGAUGAUUUCGAGGCGGGCCCCAUGCAAGCCUGGUUUACGCAAUUGGUCAAGGCCACUCAGGGUAUAAAACAAGGUACUCCGACUGGUGGACCCAGAAAACCCCCUGUCCCGCCUAAACCAAGGUUCACGCCCAGUGCCAAAAAGAAACUCAAGUUCACCACCCCAUUGAGCAGUGAAGAAUUGGCGCACGAGUUGCCCUUUUCAGAGAAGAUUGGUGUAGAACCGUGGGAUACCCCUAAAGAACGUGUGGACACCAUCAAGAGAAAAGCCCUACGUGAUAUUCGCAAAAAAACCACAGACAGUGCCAAAAAGAAAGCUGCGGGCAUCGCCAAAAAGAAAGCCGCCGGUUGGGCCAAGAAAGCUUUGGAUUGGAAAUCGUGGAAAACCCCCUAA